AUGAUAUCAAUAAUUGAAAGCCUCGUCUUUGGAUGCAACUUUGAGCCUCCAAAAAUCUCAACUGAACAAUUAUUGCAAACUAUUGAUGAAUAUUUUGAAAAAAAAGAAAAAGAACCAAGUCUAGUUGGCAUAAAUAUUCCGGAUAAAUCUACGGAUGAUGAGACUACUACUGCCGACAGGCUGUUAGCAAAGAAUAUUGCUGACUACAUUGAGGAAAUUCAUCGACAUGGAAGGAAGGGAUCAAGCAGGCCACGAGUACUUAAGAUUCGACUUGAAGAUAAGUACAUGGCUAUGUCUAUUUUACGUAAUAAGAACUUGCGCCCGAUUUUGCGAAAAGAAUUUUAUAUACGAAAUCAGAAUCUCAAUCUGAAGAAGUAUGUUGUCAGAAAUCUUCAAAUAGUGGAACUAAGGCAGCCUCGCCAAUGCUUUACAAUGGCGAACAAUUUUUCGAUUCCAGUUUUCUCCCAUCAAUCCUACUACAUCUUAAGACAACUUCCCAAGUAA